GAUUUUGUCACUGUCUCUUACAGUGUCAAUUCUCCAGCGUAAUUAAUAUGUACCUAAGAAGUUGUUCGAAUUUUCGUCGGAUACAUGGCGAUUAUAAAUAACGACAGCUGUUUCGUUUGUCAACUAGAUAGUCGGCAACGUAAGUGGAAGUAUGGGCUUAAUGAAACGAUUAUCAUCGCCGGCACUUCCAGUUGCGGUCUGGCCACCAGAACAGAACUACCGGUCUCGUGGUAAGGACUGCGUACAGAAUGCAAUGAAACAAUCGCGGAAAAUACCUCGUCAACGUCGAGACGCUAUUAAGAUUUCAAGAACUCGAAAACUCGAUCAAAAUUUCAAAUUAAAAUUUCAAGAACUCUCGCGAACGCAAGUCGAGAAUAAAAUUGAAAUUGAAAUCACCACCAAAGAAAGAAAGAAGGAAAAAAAAGAAAUGUAAUUCGUACGUUUGAAAUGUGUAAAUACAUUCUCGAGGAAUUCUAAAGUGAGUUCGUGCGUGCGUGCGUGCACUGUGAUGACAACUGAACGCGCUUAAAAUGAAAUAAAUCAUCUGAUAAUAAACAGUGUCUAUUGGCAUAAGAUAAUAAACAUUUGAUUAAAAAAAACAAUCAUCUGAUAAUAAACAGUGUCUAUUGAAAGACCCGCGGAUUCUAAUUUAGCGUUAUAAAUAUCCCGCCCGACAUUUGAAACUCUUUCUCUGCAUGAAACUAGUGACAUUUAAACGUGCCAUAAUUUUUCUGUCUCGUUACUUCGUGUGCCUUUCGUUAAACGAAUUCCAAAGACAGAACGAGGCGACGUAAUGCAAUACAUUUAAAUUAUUCGCACGAUUUGCGAUUUAUGUAAAUAUUAUUUCGCAAUUCAUAGUAUGUCUGCCACGACCGCGAUAAUCGUUUCCAUUUUGCGAACGCGUAAAUUUCGAGCAUUUCCUCAGCCUUAAUUUUUCUUGGUCGCGGUGGAAGCAAUUACGAGUGCGCGCGUAUCAAAAAAUGAUAAAUGUUAGAUAAUUGCAAUUGCGAGAAAGGUCGUCCAUUAUCUACAUCCUCGUGUUAAUGUCAAAGAAGUAUUGUGCGGCAAUUUAUUUUUUAUUACGUUUCUUUUCUGUACGCGUCUCUUUGUGUCUCAUUCAAUCGCUGCCAGUUUAUUUCGAGCAAUCAUUAUUUCAAUUAGCAGUGACAAAGAAUGGAAAUUUAUAGUUAGUUUAUAGUUUAUAGUUUAUAGGAAUAUUAUAGUUUAUAGUUUAUAGGAAUAUCUAGUUUUUCGUACAUCGAUUUUUCACACGAACCAAUCGAUUUGCGUAAUCGAAGUUAGGACGUAUCACUCGUAAAAUUUUAUGAGCUAACUAAUUACGCGUUGAUAAAUUAUUUUAUAUAGUAGUAGCAACAAAUUUGUCAAAUGAGACAAAGUUCCACAUGUAAUCUUACAGAUCACGAGAAACGUACAAUUUUUAUUUAACUGUUCUGCUGAUGAACUUUCGCAUUGAAGUUGUCGAAUGUUGUAAAUUAAUAACCAAAAAAAAAAACUAACAUCUUGUCACAUGCGAAUUCCAUUCAAACGUGAAAUGUUUUGCUCUCGAACCGGACGUAAACACAUUCCGAAUGCCAACGUGGGACGAUAUUAUCGACACUCGGUGAAUAAUCAAUCCCAUCGUUGAAAGUGAUGAAACAAUCGUACGAAAGUUUCUUUCGCAAACUCGGUGUUUCCGCGAAAAGUUUCGGCGAGCUCGUUAAAGUAUAAAUAAUUAACGACUGGUCACGUGGGUGCAACCAUGAGCUGCAACGUGAUGCCUUUGAAAAAGUAUGCGGAAAUUAGCUACCGCGUGAAAUGCGUGGCCGUGGAGAAUGAGCGCGUGUUUGGCGACGUGUACGUCACUCAACAGACACGAAAUUUACUGUACUGCGCGGAUGGUUAUCAGUUUCCAUCGUUGUACAGAAAGAGGAAACGCAAUCUGAUCCACAGGCCAUGGAAAGGUCCGGAUUUCAUGGAACUGAAUCGGAAAAAGGAGGUCAGAAGGGCCAGUUGCGUGCCGGACAAAGUAGAGGGAAAAUGUUUGAAAAGAUCGAAAUCGGUGGGCGACGCGUGGGACGUGAUGGAGAACGAUUGUAAAAAUACUAACAACGUGGAAGAUAAGAGUGACAUUUAUAGGCCGAAGACGUAUCCAUCACCGUUACCGAAUCCACCCGAAAAGAAGAAAGGAGCUGUGUCUUCUUUAGUUGAUCAAUUAUUGCUAGAAAUAUAUGGGAUGCCAGACGGUGACAGAAGACGAUCGGAUAGCGACUCGACAGCUUCAUCCCUGAGGAUACGUCCGCAGCAUCAGCACCUGCAAAAGGCGCGUCUGCUGUGGAAAAGCGAGCACGAGCUUCGAGUUUUAGUGCUGAACUUGCGCGACCAUAUUAAUCACACUGGCGAGAUACUCGUUCGGCAGCUGCGUCGUAAAGAUUACCUUACCACCAAAUGCGAGAAACUAUGCGCCAUAAUUACGGCUCAUCUUCAGGCUGUCAGUCAGAAACGCGUCGAAGACACGAAGAUGAGAUUUAGCCUGACUCCGCAACCAGGAGAAAGUGGUUUCAUACAAUGGCUGGACGCGAUGAAAAUGGUUGCCAGGUUACCAGGAGGAAUACCGCCGGAAUUUCGAAGGAAGUUGUGGCUGACGCUGGCGGAACGUCACCUAGAGCAGCGCGGCGUGGAUUGGAAGCAGGCUGAAAAGAUCUGCUUCAACGAGUGGAGUAAUCCUGACGAUGAAGAGCUCGGUAUACAAAUCGUUAAAGAUCUACACAGAACGGGCUGCAGUCUGUUUUGCGGUGCAGCCGGCAGAGACAAUCAAGCGGUGCUUCGCCGAGUUCUGCUCGGUUUCGCCCGAUGGAACAAGUCCGUCGGCUAUUGCCAGGGCCUGAACGUGUUGGCCGCCCUCGUUCUGCAAGUUAUGGAUCGCGCCGAGUCCGCCGCGGUGAAGGUGAUGAUCUACUUGAUAGAGGGUGUCCUGCCGGAGGGUUACUUCGCGGAUAAUCUGCGUGGCUUGUCGGUCGACAUGGCGGUGUUUCGCGAUCUCCUUCGGGCCAGGUUGCCCAAGCUCUCAAAACACCUGGAGGCGCUACAGAACGACGCGAAGGACAAGGCGACAGGCAGCAGUUACGAGCCACCUCUGACGAAUGUGUUCACGAUGCAAUGGUUCCUUACUCUCUUCUGUCACUGUCUGCCCCAAGAGGCGGUUCUGCGCGUAUGGGAUCUGAUAUUUCUCGAGGGAGACGAGAUACUGCUUAGAACCGCGCUGGCUAUCUGGGAAGGACUUUCCGAUCGUAUCAUGACGGUGACAUCGGCGGACGAGUUUUAUAGCAUAAUGGGAGUGCUGACGAGGGAGAUGCUCGAGUUUACGGACACUAAUAACCUCAUAAAGAAUAUCGUCAGUAUGGGGCCUUUGCACGGUGUAACGGGAUUGAGAGAGAAGCACAGAUACAAUAUCACACCUUGGGCAAGAAAACUGAGCGACGACGACGACAGCGACACGGAGGAGGAUGAAAGGCUGGCUGUGGCUGCUGCGAUGUUCAGCAUGGCGCAACGGCUAAAGAAAGAUCGUAUACCUCAAACGAUUGGAGCGCUGCAGGCAAUGGCACCCAGCAGCGAUCGAGAACGGCUAGCUUUGGACAUUAGCACUCUGAAACAGCAGUACGCCAAGCUGCGUGAACGUCAACGACAGGCGCACAUUAUACUUUCUGUGGGCAAAAGUGCGCUCGUGAGUGGGAAGAAUCGACCCCUGAGUCUACCUUCCGGUGCCGCAACGACUAAGACGAGACCCACGACUUUAAAUCAAAACCGAAGGGACAGACAGGGCGUCACGCUUCAUUGGAAAGACACUAAGAAACCGAAACAGAAACCCUCGAAUUCAUCAGCGACGGAAAGCAGCGUUGCAACAAUGCAACUCGUGCAAGCUGAACUGGCGUCUCCGAAAAAGAGCAACAGUGACAGCGACACAGAUAGCACGUCGACGGAAUUGUGCGACGAGCCGGACCGCCUCAGCGACGUUGACAGCGAAGACCUGACGUCAGCAUCCGAAUUCUACGUCCACGGAACAGACGAGGAAAAGAGCUCUCGAGUGGACGGUUCACCAAUUCCCGAGAAGGCACUCGACCGACCUGUUCUCGAGGAGAAGACAGAGCCAAUUAACGCGGAGAGUUCGAGAGACUCGAAAAUUACCGAGGAGAACUUGGGUGACAUAUCGAUCGCCAAGAUCACCGAUCAAAUAAGACGAUUAUCAGCAGAAGAUGACAAUAACUCGAUGGUUCCUCAAAAAUUUAGCACGCAGAGCAAAGAAUCGCCCGACGAGCAGUCGACAGAAUUAGAAAAAGGAAAGUCGUCACCAGACUUGGCCGUAGAUUGUACGACACCUGACAGUAAUCUCGUUAAAAAAUCAUUGGCUUUGAACGAAUACGAUUAUCUAAGUUUCAGUGGUAGUACGAUCGGUUCAAAAGAUGACGAGGUAUUGGUCCACGAAAGAUAUCGACCCAAGCAGACGACAGACGAGGUUUCAGAUGUACCUCUAGACGAAGUUACGACAAUCAAAAAAGACCAAAUUGAAGACAAAGCAUCUACGAUUAUCAAACAGGAUUCUCUGAACGUGUACUCGAAUUAUUCACCAUCUUUGGAGAAGUAUGAUAAAACCGAUAUGUCUACCUUGAAUAAGAAGUACGAUGAAAUCAAGGAUACAUCUAUCUUGGAUAAAAAGUUCGAUGAAAUCAUGGAUAAAUCAAUUCUGGAUAAGAAAUACGACGAAAUCGCGGAUACAUCUAUCUUGGACAAAAAGUUCGAGAAAAUCAUGGAUAAAUCAACUCUGAAUGAGAAAUACGAUGAAAUCGCGGAUACAUCUAUCUUGGAUAAAAAGUUCGAUAAAAUCACGGAUAAAUCAACUCUAGAUAAGAAAUACGAUAAAAUCGCGGAUACAUCAUCGAUCUUGGAUAUAAAGUUCGAUAAAAUCAAGGAUAAAUCAACUCUGGAUAAGAAGUACGAUAAAAUCGCCGAUACAUCGAUCUUGGAGAAUAUAAAGUACGAUAAAAUCGCAGAUCAAUCAAUUUUGGAUAAGAAAUAUGACGAAAUCGCGGAUACAUCUACCUUGGAUAAGAAGUACGAUAGAAUCACUGAUAAAUCAACUUUGGAGAAGAAGUACGAUCAAAUCGUGAAUAAAUCAACCCUCGAUUUGGGCUUGGAGAAUGAGAUUAAAUCGGAUCUCUAUACAGCAUCCUUCGAUUUCUCUAACAGAGUGUCUCUGGACUUGAAAUCGUACGAAACUUCGAAAAUGGGCAGAUUAAUUAGUGACACGUCGGACAUAGUGAACACCGAAAGAACGCUUUAUGGCAUGACCUACGUUGGUCAUCUCCCUGUUUCACCUGUAACGGUCGAUCAGAAAUUAAGCAGAGUGACACCUACUAUACGCACGACGCACGACACCACUGCGUUAACUUGCGAGACGCCUAAAACUCUAGACACAACAUCGUUAGAAAAGACGCCAUACAGCGACAGGAUACAAAUGACACAAACGAAAAUUUACUCAGACCUGGCGAAAAGUCCUAAGACACCAGAGAGCAACAAGUCUUUCAGUUCGGGUGAAACGAUGGGGCCGGACUCGAAACCGUCGAGCCUUUCGGUCAGUCCGAGAACACCGAUCCGAUCCGAUUCACGAGACUUCUCUGUGGACAAAUCGGCGCGUUCGUCGAUUAGUUCGGACUCGAAGACUUUGGUUCUUCGCUCCGUAGAUUCAGACAGCGUGAACAAAUCCGACGCGAAGAAAAUGUACGAGAUGUCGAAUUCCACGACGCCUAUCAGCGUGGACUCGUUGAAGAACAAGUCCGAGGCUAGUCCAAAAUUGAUGGUGAGCAGCUCGAGCGAGUCGUGUAGUCCGAGUAAAUUCAAGUCUUCCGAGAGGUCAUUCAGUUCGGACCUGCAAUCGCCAAUAAGUGCCAACUCGAUAAAGUAUACCUCGAAUUUUAAUAGACGUGGCCAAGACGACGUGUCAGGCUCGCCUAUGGACCUGAGCAGCGCUACCUCGCCGUUCUAUCCGAUCUCGAAUCCGAAUCAAAAGACACCGACGUCUCCGUACGGCGUUUCCAGAAGGAGAUCCAGUUUGGACAGCAGUGAAACGUCACCUGAGCAGAAAUCGACCAGCUCGAGGGAGUCGAGCAAGUUCCUAGGCUACCAGUCCAAGUUUGACUCCUCGUUGAAGACGUCCGACGUGAAAGAUCCAGACAGCGUGGCUCGAAAAGCCGACACUUUCGUUCGACCAGAGUUCAACACGAGAAAAAACGAGUCGAGUAUUAAUUUGACGGACAGGAGGAGCGAGGUUGGUGAUGCCAAGUAUUAUCAAACGACAAGUACGGAUUACUAUCGCAACGACAAGGAUGCAUUCGACGACGGCGGAGAGGAUCCCGUGUCGGAGAAAGACGUGGUACCUUCUUUGCCUCAGGAGAAGCUGGACAAGCGUUAUCUCAACUAUCGCUAUAGAGACAGAUCGAAGUUGUUGGAAAGAAGUUCGAGCAGUUUGGACAGUAGGAGGUACGCUGACAUGAAAUCGUCAGCUUCUACCGACGAGUUUACUACGUCGAUCGCGCAAAAGAGAUCGAGCGAUAUUCUGGAAGAUAUCAAACACUUGGAGGCGAAAGCGAACGAUGGUUCGUCGGAUAGUGGUAUGUUGACGAAGAAGAGCAGCUACAUCUGGGAGGAUAUGAAGAAUCUGGAGGCCAGGAGGCAGGACACCUUCAGUGAUUCAGCGAGAAACUUCUCGAAGCAUCGUUUGGAGAUACCGGACAUAAAUAUCACCGGUGAAGGUAGAAAGUCGUACGUGGUACAUCCGAAGAUCAACAUCGACGAGAACAGCGACAGCAUAUUAAAAACCAUGGCCUGUGGCAAGGCCGACGACACGGACGAUGGCAGGGAAUCGAAAUUGGGCGUGUGGACGAAGGUGAAGCCCCGCAAAAAGAGUGACAACGGGCGGAGAAACAGCGACAGGGCGUUGAAGAUCAUUCAAGAGAACUCCGCCAUACUUCAAAAGAUUCUCGCCUGCCAGGCAAAAAAGCGUCUGCCGGAUCUCGAGGAGAUAUCCAAGGAAAUCACCAUUAGCCCGAUAAACGAGGAGAUUUCGAAGAUCUUUAGCCCAAUAUUGGAGAAGAUGGGGUUGAACGAGCACGAGAUCAACGAGGAACUGGCGAGGAUCAACUUCAAAGAUUUCGACAACAUGACCGCCACCAGCGUGUCCGAGUUCGACGCCAAGAUCAACGAGGAAUUGUCGAAGCUUUCGCUGAUCGACGAAACGGAGCAGAUGGACCAUUUCGACGUGGAUGAAGUGAUAUCGCACGAAUAUUUGGACUCGAGGGAGGCUCAGAUAGAUCGUAAGAUAAACGAGGAGUUAUCGAAACUGUUGGCAAACUACGACGAUCAUUCCCCGGCUAGUAUGGUAAGUCUGGACAAAGGUUCGUCGAGUCAGAAUAUCAGCGAGAUCGAAGGACUGGAUCUGUCCAGCAUCUCGACCAACGUGUUCUCCUACAAAUCGUCCAACGACUCGAUCGACGCGCGCAGCGACCUCGGCUCGGCGCCGGAACCAUCAAUCCCAGUUGACAAGUUUCCCAAGUACACGGAAAACGUGUUGCCGUACGCGGUGUCGAAGUAUCAGGUGGACGACUCGUCGCCCAAGAGCGACAUAGACAUCUACAGAGAGUUAGAGAAGCUCGAUAAGAUCUCCUCGGCGCAGGUGUUGCCAGAUCCGACUCUGGAACUUCCACAAAAGGAACUGUCCUCGAUCCCUUACGUUCCGGACACGUCGCCGUUCAAGGACGUACCACCACUACGAUACACCUCCAAGCCGAUUCAAUACGACACUUCACCCUUGAAGACCUCUUACGACCUCUACAAGACGUUCGACUUCAAGAGCAAGUUAUCGCCCAAACACAUAUCGACCAAUCCAUUCGUGACAGCCACGUACGAGAAACCUGUGAUGGAGACAGCUUUCGAGUACAUCAACCAUAAGUCGGAGAUCCCGAUCAACACGUACGAUUUGCACUUGAAGAGUCCGAUGAUAACGAAAGAAUCGCUGGAGUUUCGCGUUAGAUACGACGACGAGCCAGUGAGGGAAGUCAGCGGCGGCGAUUACAUGUCCCUUCAGCCGGAAAGCAGAUCGAUCGCUACGCCGAACAAGUCCCCAUACUUCAGCAACGGCAACACCGAACCGUUGACGCCCACGAAGUACAUGUCGAAAGAGGAAAGAAUCAUGGACACAGCUGGUACCUCGUACCUGGACUAUCCCAGCGAAUCGUCCGAUCUUCUUCGCCGGAAAUACGACGCUUUGUCUCCUAAGGAGUACACUCACGCAAAGAGCACGGAUUACGACAGACACUUGGUCACGUUACCACCUAUUGAGCCGGGAGCUGAGACCGGAUCGUAUUUGCCGACGAGACACCGGGAUUAUCACCCAUUGUCGCCGAAUCGUCAGUUUCCAGAACACUUCUCCUCCGCUAUUAAUCAUCACUAUGCCGCGAAACUUUCGCCGGGUCUCUCUGACGAAUCGAAACGACCUGUCUCCCACCCGGAGUUCCCUGGCAAGAUCAACGUUGGAAAGUAUUCGGAGUUGUCCGAGAGGGGUUCCAGCGGUUACAAGAAGUCGUCGUUGAGCUUAGGGAACAUCGGGCACUCGAGCAAAGCGGCUGAUAACAAUUACAACACCGUGACCAGCCCGAAGACGCAGUUCAGCCCUUUCCCUGUUCGAAACGCUCCUAGAAAACCGAAGGAACUCACUCUCAAACUGGGCCUCUACUUGCCCAAGAGUUCCGACAUUGGACAGUUGAAGAGGUCAUAGUCUAGAACGAUAAGAAUUCUGCUUUUGUCCCGUUGAUUUCUCUGUACGAAAUAUCGUCGAUCGUCGAUUGUUGAUUCCGCGUGAUUAUGCUCGAACCGUACGGACCGUCUCUGUUACGGUGAUGUUCGCAUUGACAGUGACCUCGAUGUUACCAAAGCGGGCCUAAAUUUAUCGUUUGUGGUGCCUGACGUUACCAACAGCCCGUAGCUGUCGUUACCGCUGUAAUACGUUAUAUAUGGGUUUAUGCACAGGUAUCGAUCGUAGAAAUUGCAAAGUCUGUCUUUCUCUGACACGAACGUAGUACGAUCGCGGAACGCGUUUGUUUCUUUUCAAAUCGACUCUCGUGUCUGUCAGUUUCUCGUCGUUUGUUAAUAUCUUUACUGAAGACUUAAUUUUACGAAUGCCUCCUCUAUUUUACUUCGUUAAUUUUUUUACAAUUAUAUACAUGUUAUUGUAAUUUUAAUUUUGGCUCGGUUUUAGUAACUCGCGAGCUACUUCACUCGAGAGGUUCGCACCUUUGGAUUUAGAAAAUUGACAGAAAUUUUUAUCGUGAAAUGUUUCUUACGGUUUUGUUUUACAGUGACGUGAUCUAAACGUAGCAAUUGAAAUUCAUAUUUACACGUGAACACGUUGAUACGAGAGAACAGUGUCAGAAGAAGGGGCACGACUUCGAUACGUUGCGCAGAAAUAUCGCUACUUAAUCCCUUAGUGUUAAUCAUUAACUCGUUUUCCGCGAAUGUUCAUAGUCUACGAACGUUGACUAAUUAAAAAUUGUUUUCCUUUUUUCUACGAGCUAUGCUUGAUACAGCUUGACACACACAGAAGAAUCUUUUCGUCGUAGAAACGCAAAAAUACAAAGGGAAAAAGGAAAGGAGAGAGGGGGAGAGAGAGAGGAAGAGGAAAUAGAAUUGCAAGAAUAGCGUAGAAAUCCUUGGCGAAACGUGGUCGUGCGAUUUCUAAUACGAUGCCUUUAGUCUCCCUCCAAUCACGCAGAAAAUACCUCGUUAUCACGUCUUGAUUAUUCAGUAAAUUUGCGCUAAGUAGUCCGCGGAAGCGCACGAAGCCUACCAGCGAGAAGAAAUAUAAAAAGAAGGUGAAGAAGCAGGAAAAGGAGGAGAGAAAGAAAAAGGAAACGAGGAGGAGAGGUAGGAGAAAGAGAGACGAAGAGGGAAAAAUGUUACAAAAUGCCUUCCAUUCCUUCGAACGCGAUUCGCUUUGCUACGGUGAUCUCGCAUGCGAUCGUAAAUCACGACACUGAUCGCGAGACCGUGGUAACGUGAAAUUUCCUUCGAACAGAGAUAGAAUAUAUAAUACAACCGCGGAGAGAUUGUAUAAAAUUAUAGAAGUUGUUACGACCGGAGUCAGCGAUAUAGAGCUUAAUUUGUCCGUACGUUUCCCGCAGAGAACCUAGCCGUGCAGUGGGCGUAUCGUUUAAGUAAAGAUCGGCUAAGUACCAUUAUUCGAGGCUACAGACACGAAAGGGGCAGGGAGGCAGGAAAAACAAAUUGUACAUAACUACAUAGACGUUAAUUGUAUAUUAUUAAAGGGAAAGGGGCGACGGAGAGAAAGAAGAAACAACAAACCGAGUGGGAGGAGGAGGAGGAGGAGGAGGAGGAGGUGGAGAGGGGGAGGAGUAGUUGGAGAUCUUUUUAUAUAAAAUGAAAAAAAUAAAAGUGUAGUAUUUUUAGAUGUUUCUAAUAUGAGAUAGUCUUGGUAUCGUCGCCGUCAUUGAACGAGCUUAGCUGACAAUGAGCUACGCUUGUCGCGAGAACGUUCGUUCUUUCUUGCGUAUUCUUUGUUACCAGAUACAUACGACUGAGAAGGAGGAGGCAAUCCUAUGUUUUAAAUGAAUUCACAUUUAAAAUGGUCUACGAGUUUAAAGUGGAAACUUUGAAUUGACUAUUGUUCGGUUACUUUUAUAUAUAUACACAUAUAUUACAUAUAUCUUUUAAACUAUUGUAUCUUUUAUAUAUAGAUAUUGCAUCUUCGCUCGAGGAUUGUAACGCGAACCUCGACGACACCUUCAAUCGAUAUUUUGUAAACGGCAAGUUUCAGUCUAUUGUAAUUCUUGAACUGUCGUUCGAGUCUGUAAUUAGAAAAUUUCAAAAUUUGCCGGAGGAAGAUGACACAAGGAGAAAAGGAAAAUGUGAAAAAUCUAAUCUCGGAUCUCUCGAACAAGCGUUAACGAAGUAACUACGCGGAAAGAGUUUUACAUAGGCAGAGAUAACCUGCAAUUUAUUUUCAUUGGCUUGCGUAGCGAUAUAGAUGUCGAUCUGUCGAUCAUUACGUCCAAUUUAAUCACCGAUGGCAGGUAGAUUUGUCAAUUCGCGGCCGCGGACGCGUGCAGAUUUUUAUACGCGCCGUGUUUAAGCUCUCGAGGAGACGCGUAUAGUCCCCGGCGACGCCGACGGUUAACUAAAUAGGAGCAGAAGCGUGGAUCGUCGACAAAAUUUCCCGAAGUAGCUGCGUCAAUGUGCCUCUACGAUCAUCCCGCGUCAUAGUUACGGCUAAAUUUUUCACAACGACGUGUCGAGAGUUUGGAAAAGCGAAGAGAAGGAAACGGAAACAAAGAGAAAGGAAGCCAGAAAAAUUCUCUUCGACGUCGUGCAAAUCGCAUCAUAUUGAUUAUAGUCCUUCUUGUCUACGUCGAUUACUCUAAA